AUAAGUGUACUCUCUGACCCAUGCUGUGGCCGUUUGCUCUGGAGCUGAUCCAGUGACUCCUGCUUUUACUGAGGUCAAUCCCAGCCUGGCCUUGGAGUGCGGGCUGUAAUAUCCCAUGGCAAAGUACAGUUGCCCAUGGGCUGGAGGAGGCUCCCAGUAGCUUUCAGUGUAACAUGGGUGGGGAGAGAGAAUCAGAAAAGGACUUGGUUCAGCGCAGCAUCUUUUGAGGUUUUCCGGUGCUGGGGAGCUCAAUCCUGGUUCCAGAUGUUUUUCCAUCUUUACCUGUGGGGUGUCUACUGGUGCUGGGAGUGUUGUGGAGUCACACAGUUCACUGGGACCUCUGGAGAUUGACCUGCUGUACAGCAAGACUUGAGAACAGGGUGUUGCGUUCAGUUGGUGAUUUAUCACUGUCUACCGGAAGCAUAUCAGCUGUGGCAAACUUCCUCUUCAGAUUCUCUUAUCUUUCUUGGCACUUCUGGGAGCAGCAAGUUCUUCAGCCUCCUGGUCUGUUUGAGGGUCUAAAGCCAAGAUAGGCUCAGUCCAUUCCUGUAGGAGAGGUUCUCAACUCCUGCCUGUUUGGAGCAUGUGCUAAAUAUUCACCUCACUCUACAUUCUCCACCACCAUUGAAGAAUGAAUGGCCAGACCAAGCUGGGAUCAUCGACACAGUCCGUCAAUGAGAAAUGGAGACCAGCUCUCUUCCAAAGUUUCAGUGUGCCAGAGGAUGCAGCCUCCACUCAAGUGCUGCCACAACGAACAUUCAGGAGGAAGGACUCCAUCUCACAGACUAUCAGCAGGGAUACAGCAGAAUGGUUUGGUGUGGGAACAGACAGUGACCUGUUACUGUACUGGCAACGACAGAGUUGGAGACAUUGCAGCCAGAGGUAUGGGACACUGAAAGCCCCGUACCAGAGGGAUGUGCGACUCUGCAGCCUGGACUCCGGCUACGUCACAACACUGCACUCACAGAAAUCACCAACGGUCGGUGACGCUUUCUGCCAAGGCCAGAGCUCCCAAUGUUCUAAUACCAUGGAUCAAUAUCCCACUCUGCUCCCGAGUCCCACCCCUCAAACUCUGCUUGGUUCACUUCGAAGCUCUCACACGGAAUGUCGCCGAUUUCCUCCCAGGAAGCGGGACUCUGUUGCCCGGAUGAGUCUUCGAGCAGCUACAGCUAUCCUUACGGGCCAACCUGUUCUAGAAAGUUCUCGAACCAGAAGAGUCAGAAGAAGCUUUGCGUAUCCCAGUUACUUGGAGGAAGAUCCAGUUGAUGGUGCUGACGCUCUGGACUAUUCGUUCUUUAGUAAGGUGGAGGCUCAAGGUGAAAGUUUGUCUACACCAGAUGACGUAUUUGAAUCACCACCACUUUCAGCUUACUGUGAGAGGGAGAUCCAGAGGGAAACACCACCAUCAACCAUACAUGGGGAGCGGCCACAGGGCUGGAGCAAUCCAGAGACUCACCGGAGGGGGACACGCAUCCUGUCGCGGGUUGAACACUUUGCAUUCGACAGGAGGAGGCGUCAGUAUGGGUUGGGGAUUGUGGGCAGGUGGCUGAACCGGAGGUACCGCCGGUCACUGAGUGUCAGUACCCGAGACAAGCUGCAGCACCUCAGCAACCACAGGCCAUACUUCACAUAUUGGAUCACGUUUGUUCACAUUGUGGUCACUUUGCUGGCAAUCGGUAUUUAUGGGGUCGCACCAGUGGGAUUUGCCCAGCGUGUGAAAACACAGCUGGUGCUGAGGAAUAAAGGGACCCAUGAAAGUGUGGAAGAUGUCCAGCAAGAGAACUUCUGGAUUGGGCCUCGCUCGGACGCUCUCAUUCACCUAGGAGCAAAGUUUUCUCCUUGCUUACGGAAGGACCAAUCAAUCUCAAAGCUCACCGAGGAGGCGAGAGAUCAGGAGAGGAAGUCGGGUUGUUGUGUUCAGAAUGAUAAUUCUGGAUGCGUACAGACAUUGAAGGAGGAUUGUUCGGAAACACUGGCUACAUUUAUUAAAUGGCCAAACAGCCAAGCUCCAGACCUGGGCUCCACCUAUCAGAAGCGAUCAUCAGGUGCAGUCUGUCAUCAGGAUCCAAGGACCUGUGAGGAACCCGCCUCUGCCAUGCCACAUAUCUGGGAGGACGACAUCACUCGAUGGCCUAUUUGUACCUACCAGUCGCAGAAGAACCAUACAGGACUGAAACACAUGGACUGUGUCAUCAAAGGGAGACCAUGCUGUAUUGGCACAAAGGGAAGGUGUGAGAUUACGACCAGAGAGUACUGCCAGUUUAAGAAUGGAUAUUUUCAUGAGGAGGCUACCUUGUGUUCACAGGUCCACUGCCUGGAUGAAGUAUGUGGGUUGUUGCCUUUCCUGAAUCCAGAUGUUCCCGAUCAGAUCUACAGGCUUUGGCUUUCACUCUUCCUUCAUGCUGGGAUGAUCCACUGCCUGGUCUCCGUGCUUUUCCAUCUGACUAUUCUUCGGGACCUUGAGAUGUUGGCUGGGUGGCUGCGCAUUUCAAUCAUCUACAUCCUGAGUGGGAUUAUUGGCAACUUGGCCAGUGCAAUAUUCCUGCCAUACAAAGCAGAGGUUGGACCUGCAGGCUCCCAGUUUGGUUUGUUGGCCUGCCUCUUUGUAGAAUUGUUCCAGAGUUGGCAGAUUCUGGAGAAACCAUGGAAAGCAUUGAUGAAGCUGCUCAAAAUCCUUCUGGUUCUCUUCACAGUUGGCUUUUUACCUUGGAUUGACAAUAUUGCUCAUAUCUUUGGAUUCCUCAGUGGUUUCUUGCUGUCGUUUGCCUUCUUACCAUACAUUACCUUUGGUCAGGGUGACAAAUACAGGAAACGAAUAUUGAUUAUUGGCUCCCUCCUGGUGUUCGUCGGCCUCUCUACAUCUCUGGUGAUCUGGUUCUACGCGUAUCCCAUUUACUGUCAGUGGUGUGAAUACCUCACCUGUAUCCCAUUCACCAGCACAUUCUGUGAGCAGUAUGAUCUGGAUAAGGUUGUACAUUGAACAAGGACUUGAUGUUUCUUCUGAUGAUUGAGUGUGUGCCUGCCUGGAGAUGAUAAUGAGCCAGAUAUUGACCUUUGCAAAAUUGUAUAGCAGAUCAACCCAGGAAAUUUGUGCCUUACUGGUCACUGGAAUGUUGAGUGGUUUUACCUGCUGAAUGUAUAUGAAUAUCAUUCAACACUGCGCUCCUCCACCAAUAUCCAUUCAAUGUUUACAUAAGAUCAAUUUAUCGAUUGCACCCAUUGAAUACCUUCAUCCCUACAAAAUCAGGCAAGUGAAAUUAAAGUCAGUCUGUGAGGAAGCUGAAUCUCCACUGGCAGGAAAUGCUUGCCGGGGAGUACAAUUGUUUAAUUAUCCAUGUUUCAACCAACCCUCGUGCUAACAGAGCACGAUGCUGGGAAGAGGAACGCGGGCAGUACACUGAUCAGUUGCUAAGUAGGCUUCAGUGCAGGAAUAUGUGCACUGAACUGUAACCUGGGGAGGGGUUUGUAUUGGAAUGAAUACAUUGAGAAGUCAUGGAGUAGGCUGGGAGUUGGGUGUAAAGCAAGAGUAUGUAUAGGGGGAGGUGGCACUGUGACUGGGACGUGUUUGCCCUGAGGGGUACUGUGGAUGCACGUGUGUUUGGUCCCAUGUGUACUACAGCAGGUCGGCAUUUGGCCAGGUUGUGCACUGUGGUGGGUGUGUAUUUAGCCCUGGUGUGCACUGCAGUGUGUGUGUGUUUGGCCUCUUGAUUAAGGACUUAACAACAUAUCAAUGUGCUUCAAUCUAAGCAGAAGUAGGCUGUUUUGCUUGAAGGGUUUAGCCCAAAUAGUGAAGGAGGUUUCGGGUGUUAAAGAGGAAAGACAAGGCAAUAGCACAAGGAAAGAAAUUAGUAAUGAUUACCAGAACCUACCAGGAAGGGAGAGAGGGUGCAAGUGUUAGAGUACAUCUCCAGUUAGAUCAAUGGGAAAAUUGUGCAAGGGCAAAAUUAAGGGCUCUUUACCUGAAUGAGUGCAGCAUUUGUGAGAAAAUAGGUUUCAAAUAGUUAUAACUGGGUACUAUCUAAUAGCUGCAACGGAGAAGUGGUUGCAAUGUGACCAAGCUUGGGGACAAAAUAUUCGAAGAUACUUAGAAGAGAUAGGCAAAAUAGAAAAGGAGAGUUAGCCCUGAAAGUAAAAAAUAGGUUUAAAGCAGAGAGGAAGGGUCAUAGCUCAGAAAAUCAAGAAGUGGAAUCAGUUUGGGAGGAGCCAAGAAGCAGCAAGGAGCAGCAAACACUGGUGGAAGUUGUAUGUCGGGUCCCAAAUGGUAAUGGUUGCACAGGGUAUUGUAUAAAUCAGGAAAUCAUAAUGCAAGUAAAAAGGGUAAUACAGAAAUCAUAGGGGAACCUCAAUCUAUGUAUAAAAUGGGAAAACCAAAUUAUUAACAAUAUGCAGAUGAUGAAUUCAUGGUUAUUCUUGGGCAGCAUGUUGAGGAACCAACAGGGAACAGAAUCUUUGAGAUCUUGUAUUGUUGAUGAUUAAUUAAUAAUCUGGUAUUUUAGGGGCCUUUGGGGAAACAGUGAUCCUUUGUAAAGUUGGGUGGAAUGGUGGCAGAUGGAAUUUAAUCCAGACAAGUGUGAGGUAGUGCAUUUUGGGAUGUCAAAUAUCACCAAGACAUGUACAGUAAAUGACAGGAACCUCAGUAGUGUUGAUAUACAGAAAGACGUUGGGGUGCUAGUUCAUAGCUCCCUGCAAGUGGCGAGACAGGUAAAUGGGGUUGUGAAGAAGCAUUUGCUACACGUGCCUUCAUCGGCUGAGUACAAGAGUUGGGAUGUCAUGCUGCAGCUGUACAAAACAAUGAUCAGGCAGCACUUUGAGUAUUGUGUCAAUUCUGGUCACCACACUACAGAAAGGAUGUGGUAGCAUUAGAAAGAGCAUGGAAGACAUUCACCAGGAUGUUGCCUGGAAUAGAAAGCUGUAGUAAUAAGGAGAGAUAGCUGGGCUUAUUCUCACUAGAACAUAGAAGAUGUUGAGCGGUGACCAUUAUUGAGAUUUGUAAAAUUAUGAGGGACAUGGAUAGGGUAGAUAGUCAGAGUCUUUUUCCCAAGGUGAGGGAGUCUAAAGGUAGAGGGCACAGAUUUAAAGUGAGAGGGAAGAAAUUUAAGGAGAUCUCGUGGUGAGUUUUUCCACACAGAGGGUAUUAGUUAUAUGGAAUGAGCUGACAGCAGAAAUGGUACAGGCAGAUACAGUUUCAAUGUUUAAAAUGCAUUUGGACAGGUACUUGGAUAGGAAUGGUGUAGAGGGAUACAGGCCCAAUACAGGCAAAUAGGAUUAGUGUAGAUGGGCUUCCUGGUCAGCAUGGACAUGGUGGGCCAAAGGGCCUGUUCCUAUGCUGUACAACUCUAUGACUCUCUGAGAGAAUUUUAUAUAAAGAUUGAAAGUGAUUUUGUUCAAUUGGAAACCAACCUUUUAAAUCUUAAUAAAGCGAACUAUGCAUUAGGCAUAGUAUAGUAUAAGGCAUGAGCUAGCUCUGGAAGACUGGGAAACUAUAUCAAAUGGUAUGACUGCAAAAUAGCACUGGCCAAAAAUAUUAGAAUUAAUACAUUCUUUACAAGUAAUAUUUAUACCUUUGAGGCAAAAAUGUCCAACCAGAAAUGCAGUCUAACUAGCUAUCACGAGAAGAUUAACAUGUUAUGUCAUGGAAAAGGCAUAUCAAGUUGCUUAAAAGGUAAGAUGGAGGCAGAAGAGAAUGCAGAUGCUGGAACCUGGAGGAAAAAACAAACUGCUGGAAGAACAGUCCUGAUGCAGGGUCUCAACCUGAAACGUCGACCAUCCCUUUGCCUCCACAAAUCUGCUUUACCUGCUGUGCUCCUCCAGCAGUUUGUUGCUUAAAAGCUUCAGGAUUGGUAAAAUUUCAGAAUUCAGCAAAAGGUCCAAGUCAUUGACAAAGACAGGUAAAAAAAAAUACAAGAGAAUAUAAUAAACUUAAAAACAGAUUGUAAAACCUUCUGCAGAUAUGUUGAAAAGAACAGACCUGCAAAAGUUAAUUUGGGUCCAUUACAGACUGAGACAGGAGAAAAUAUAUUAAGGAAAAGUGAAACAGAAGGUGGGAGCAGUGGGCCGUUCAGCCAUUCAAGACUGCUCCACUAUUCAAUACCGUCAUGGCUGAUCUUCUACCUCAACACCAUUAAGAUUGGGCCAACAUUCUGCAGCUGUCCCUAAUGUUGGUGAGACCACACCUGAAGUAUCAUACAGUUUUGGUCUCCUUAUUUAAGGAGGAAUAUACUUGCAUUGUGUUGUUUCCUGGAUGAAGCGGUUGUCUUGUCAAGGAAAGCUUGGGCUAUUACUCAUUGGACUUUAGAAGAGUAAGAAUUGAUCUUAUUGAAAAGUAUAAACCUCCGAGGGGUUCAAGGUAGAUGUCUCAUCUUAUGGGGGAAUAUAGAACUAGGGGCCAUAGUU